GAUGGUGCAUGUGUCGUGUGGUGUCUGCUUGAGCCAAGUUACUUAUCAACAUAACCUCAACUAAUAAAAGUUCAUCAUUGGCUUUGUGCAUUUUAUUACAAUUGUUUAUGAAAUAUUUUUAAAAUGGGAGUUACUGAGUUUCAAGGUGUUAUAAUGGCCGGUGGAAAAGGUUCAAGGAUGACUGAAUUGACAGCUAAAAGACCAAAAUGUCUUCUUCCAAUCGGAAAUUUUCCUAUGGUCUGGUAUCCCAUACGCUUGUUUGAAAGAUCUGGGUUUGAAGAAGUAAUCAUUGUUGUCCUGGAGUCAAUUAAGAAUGAAGUUCAAACAGCAUUAGAACGUACUGGUUUGAAAAUUCGCCUAGAGAUUGUUGGAAUUCCUACUGGAGAAGACUGGGGUACUGCAGAUACACUACGGCAUUUGGAAGAUAUUAAUAGAAUUAAGUCCGAUGUGAUUGUGGUUAGUUGUGAUCUAAUCACAGACGUUGAUCUGUCGGCUGUACUUAACUUGUUUCGUCAGCAUGAUGCAUCCUUGACCAGCUUAUUUUUCCAGCCAACGUUAGCAAAGUACCCUCUACCCACACCUGGGCCUAAGUCCAAGGACAAACCUGGUAAGGAGUAG